AGUUCGUUUGUCUGGUUGUAUUGAUUGUUCCCGGAGGAUUAGAGCGAGGAUGAUGAGUCUGAACGUCCUGCGGAGCUGGUUGGUGAUGGUGUCCGUCAUCGCCGUGGGGAACACGGUGCAGAGUUUCAGAGACCACAGCUUCCUGUCAGAGAAGCUCUACACGGGCACUCCGCAGUUUGUGAAUGGCCUGCAAGCUCGAACAUUUGGGAUCUGGACGUUCCUGUCGUCCAUCAUUCGUUGUGCCUGUGCCAUUGAUAUCCAGAACAGAACGCUCUAUCACAUCACCUUAUGGACAUUUGUACUGGCGUUGGGCCAUUUUCUCUCUGAAGCCUUCAUCUACAAAACUGCCCCGCUGACUAUUGGAGUCAUGGCACCACUCAUUGUUGCAAGUAUUUCUAUCAUAGGAAUGCUCUUUGGAUUCCAGUGUUUAACAGAGACUCAAGAAGAAGUGGGAGCACGACAGAAGAAGAGGAACUAGUAUUAUACUGUGUGUGUGUGUGUGUGUGUGUGUGUGUGUGUGUGUGUGUGUGUGUGUGUGUGUGU